AUGGGUAAGAAAAUCGUGUUCAACAUCUCUGCGGAAUUCCAGCUCCAGCAACUGCUGGGUGAAGGAGCGUAUGGUAUCGUGUGUAGCGCACGACAUCUGCCCACGGGUCAGAUGGUGGCCAUCAAGAAGAUUGAGCCCUUCGAGAGGACUCUUUUCUGUUUGCGGACGUUAAGGGAGAUCAAGCUGCUGCGCUGUUUCCACCACGAAAACAUAAUAUCAAUUUUCGACAUCCAACGGCCAGCUUCUUUUGAGUCCUUCAACGAGGUGUACAUUAUCCAAGAGUUGAUGGACACGGACCUGCACCGAGUGAUCGCCACGCAGGCCUUGACGGACGACCACAUCCAAUAUUUUGUGUACCAGAUACUGCGCGGGCUGAAAUGCUUGCACGCGGCUGACGUAAUCCACCGGGACUUGAAGCCUUCGAACUUGCUGGUGAACGCCAACUGCGACGUCAAAUUGUGCGACUUUGGCCUCGCAAGGUGCGCGGGCGUUUCCGUCGCUGCAGGUGGCAAGGACACCGGUCAUAUGACGGAGUACGUGGCGACCAGGUGGUACAGAGCUCCGGAGGUCAUGUUGACGGCAGCUGAGUAUACGUUUGCCAUGGAUGUAUGGUCGUGUGGGUGCAUUUUGGCGGAGCUACUGAUGCAAAGACCCCUUUUUCCCGGCAAGGAUUACCGGCACCAAUUGCUGUUGAUAUUCCAGGUGAUAGGAUCCCCCACAGCACAAGAUCUGGAGUGUGUACGCUCAAAACGGGCCUUACAGUACUUGAGCUCUCUGCCCUGCUAUCCUAAAAAUCACGGCUUACGCGGCCGGUUGCCCAACGCCAAUCCAGACGGUAUCGAUUUGCUGGAAAAAAUGCUCGUAUUCGACCCACAACGCCGCAUCACAGCCGAGCAGGCCCUGGAACACCCGUACCUCAGAGCAUACCACGACCCACACGACGAGCCUGCCACUACCAAAGUCGACCCGGCCCUGUUCAACUUUGACGAGCGUAAGGACCGCCUGGGCGCGGCUGAUCUGAAAAGACUACUGUGGGAUGAGAUCUUUGGACUGCGCACCCGAUGA